ACAGAACUUCUGAUCAUUUAAUUAAAUUACUGUCUAUGUUUUAUUUACACUGGUAAAGAAAUAAGAAAUGUCUGAAGCCUCCAAAAAAAUGAAAAAGGAGUGUGUUUCCAUUGAGGGUUCAGUAAGUGGAUCUGAUUUAGAUGCUGCAACGCAGAAAAACUUGGAGGCUAUCGAUAUUUGUCAAAUCGAAAUCGACAAUCUCAGCUUGAAGGCUUGCGAAGAGAUACUCAAGAUUGAGCAGAAAUUCAACGAGUUCAAAAAGCCGCACUUCGAAAAAAGGAGUGAAAUAAUAAAAAAUGUACCUAACUUCUGGUUUACUGCUAUCAUGAAUCAUCCAGACCUCAGUUCACUUAUAGACGAGAAGGAAGAAGAAUGUCUCCAAUUCUUGAACAGGAUAGAAGUAAUCGAGUUCGAAGAUAUAAAGUCCGGUUAUGAAAUACAAUUUCACUUUGAGGAAAAUCCUUUUUUUGAGAAUUUAAUGAUCAAAAAAGAGUUUCAUUUAGAAUCUGGUCCUCCAAGUUCACAAAGUACUCAAAUAAAAUGGAAAGAUGAUAUCACCAAAAAUAUUGAUCAAAAUUCUGGUAAAGGUGGUCGAAAACGUCGUUUAGAAUCUAAAUCAUUCUUUAGCUGGUUUUUCGAUAAUGUUGAUCCAGUAAGUGAUGAUAUAGCCGAAAUUUUUAAGGAUGACUUGUGGCUGAAUCCAUUACAGUAUUAUUUAGUACCAGACAUGGAUGAUGCCAACAGUGCAGAAAAUAAUGAAGAUUCUGAAAGUAGUAGUGUUGAAGAGAAAUAAAUAAUUCACAUCCAAUACUGCUCUGACUUUAUCACUGCAAGUAUUGAUUGAUGAAAUAAGAUUAUCUUGAUAACUGUUAUUGCCAACAGAUUCUGAUAAUCACACAAUUGUAAUGCUAAGUUUUUAGAGAUUAUAUUUUUAUUGAAUUUUA